AUGAGGAAGCACACUCAAGCAGAGAGACCGACCAAGAUGUUCUACGGUCUUGCUUCGCUUUUACUGCUAGCUACUAGUACUUCGGCUGCAGUAGUUAGCAGGAAAGCACCCGCUAGCUUUGUCACAGCCAAAGGCAACGCCUUCAAACUAGACGGAAAAGAUUUCUACUUCGCAGGCAGCAAUGCCUACUACUUUCCCUUCAACGACCUCCAAUCUGAUGUAGAGGCUGGCCUGGGUGCCGCUAAGAAGGCUGGACUCAACGUCUUCAGGACAUGGGGCUUCAACGACCGGAACAGAACAACACUCGCGAACGGACUACCACAGUACGGUGGCGAAGGUGCCGGUCCCAGUUCAAACAUCAUGCAAUGGUGGAGCAACGGAACACAGGAGAUCAACCUAGUACCGUUCGACAAAGUCGUGAAGGCUGCGGAGAAAACUGGCAUGAAGCUCAUCGUUGCUUUGACGAACAAUUGGGCCGACUAUGGUGGCAUGGAUGUCUACACGACCAACCUCGGCUACAAGUACCAUGACGAUUUCUAUCAUGUCCCAGCCAUCAAGAAGGCGUACAAGAAGUACGUCAAGGAGAUCGUCAAGCGCUACGCCAAGUCUUCAGCCAUUAUGGCGUGGGAGUUGGCGAACGAACCACGAUGCGGUGCUGAUGGUGUGCGCAACUUGCCGCGCAGCGAGAACUGCACCCCUGACAUGAUCACCGAGUGGAUCGAUGAGAUGAGCACAUACGUCAAGUCACUCGACAAGGACCAUCUUGUUACAUGGGGUGGUGAAGGAGGGUUCAACAGGCCUAGUGACGAUGGCUUCUACAAUGGAUACGAUGGUGGCGACUACGACAAGGAGUUGGCGCUCAAGAACAUCGACUUCGGUACCUUUCAUACCUAUCCCGAUUGGUGGUCCAAGAGCGUCGAAUGGGCAAACCAAUGGAUCAUCGAUCACGCCGAAGCCUCCCGUGCCGUUGGAAAGCCAGUCGUACAUGAAGAGUAUGGAUGGCUUACCGACGACAAGAGGCAAGAAUACCUCAGCAAGACCUCGAAUGUCACAAGACUUGAAGCUAUCGGACUAUGGCAGGCCACCAGUCUGAAGGAGAAGAUGCCGGAUAUGUACUGGCAAUUUGGCUACUCCGGCUACUCUUAUGGAAGCAAUCACGACGACGGAUUUACGAUCUUUCUGGAAGACGCGGAAGCCAAACAGCUUGUCUACGAGCAUGCGAAGAAGGUCAAUGCUUUGAACAAGAAGUGA